AUGGACUGCUGCCGGCACGUGAACCCGUUCCGCGCUUGCGCGGGGCUGCGCGGGCUGGGCUACCUCAUGGUGGCGCUCGUCGCCGCCAUCGUCGCCUUGUCCUACUACGCCGUCGUCGUCUACGCAUGGGGCCCCAUGCUCCUCGCCGAGGGAGCAGCCGCGGCAGUUGCUGCCGCCGUGAUCGCCGCCUUCCACAUACUCCUUGCAAUGAUUCUGUGGUGCUAUUUGAUGGUUGUUUUCACUGAUCCUGGUGCUGUACCUGAAAACUGGAGGCAUGAUGCUGAAGAUAGUGGGAAUCCUUCAUUUUCCUCUUCAGAGGAGCAAGGAAGUGCUCCUAGAUAUUGUUCUCGCUGUCAAAAUGGCAAACCUCCCCGCUGUCAUCAUUGUUCUGUUUGUAACAGAUGUGUGCUUAAAAUGGACCAUCACUGCAUUUGGGUAGUGAAUUGUGUUGGAGCAAGGAACUACAAGUAUUUUCUCCUUUUUCUGGUGUAUGCAUUUAUUGAGACUGUGCUGGAUACCUUGGUACUACUCCCAAACUUUAUUGAGUUUUUUCAAGAUGAAAGUAGGCGUUCCAGCUCUCCUGGGGAUAUUGCUAUUCUAUUUCUUGCUUUUGUUCUAAAUUUAGCAUUUGCGCUGAGCCUCCUCUGUUUCAUUGGAAUGCACACGUCUCUUGUUACACGUAAUACGACUUCUAUAGAGGUCUAUGACCGAAAGAAGUCAGUUUCAUGGAAAUAUGACCUAGGAUGGAAAAGAAACUUGGAGCAGGUCUUUGGUACCAAAAAGUUGCUCUGGUUUGUUCCUUUGUACUCUACAGAGGAUCUGCACAACAUCCCUGCGCUUCAAGGCCUUGAGUUCCCUACUCGCUCCGAUGCAAUUGUCUAA